GAGGAGCGGUCGGGCGGAGCUGCCAUCGGCGCCGAGGGCCCCGGGGAUGGAGCGGCCCCACAUGCAGCCGGCCGGGAGCCGGCACCCGCACCGGGCCGCCCCAGGCACCCCCGGAGGAGACCAGGCGAAGGAGGUGGAGACGGCCGUAGAAGAGAUGCUAAUCAGGCUGGAUGAGUUCUGCGGCCUAACCGACGUGAUCCGAAGAGACACUUCGCAGAUCCUGGACGAACACAUUCCGCUCAUUAAGGCCAAAGUGACGGAAAUGAAUGGCAUCUACACCAAAGUGGAUAAAUUAGAGGCGUUCGUCAAAAUGGUGGGACACCACGUCUCCUUCCUGGAGGCACAAGUGCUUCGAGCCGAGAAGGAUCACGGGACAUUCCCUCGGGCCGUGCGCAAGUGGCUGCAGUUGGCCAGCUUCCCACCCUUCCGAAAUAAGCCGUCGCCACCAACCCAGCCAACCUACGAACUCCCGACACUCUACAGAACCGAAGACUAUUUCCCUAUGAAUUAUGGAGGGCCAAGAAGGAGGGCAUUGGCUCUGAACGUGAAAUCAUCAGUCCUACCUGGGCCUCGAGUCCAGCCAGGAAGAGCUCUCACCUCCGGCAGACUGGGAAACAGUGACUGAAUGAAUCUCCAUUUUGCAGAUGAGAAAAAGGAGGCACAGAGAAGCUAAGUGACUUGCCCAAGAUCACACCACAGGCAAGUUCCCUCAUCCAGAUCAUGACCAUUAGGGUCACCCCAGGAGGGGGAAAAAUGGGAUCCGUGUUUCUCCUGCGGAUCACAUGGAAGUUCUUAAAGCAUUUCCCUAAUGUUGCCUCUUAUUUCUGCCUCUUAUUGGAGUAAAUCUCCGGCCCUCGCUCGCCGGCCUCAGUCCGUUUAUCCUGUCGUACUUCAGAUGGGCUGGGCCUGUUGGAACUUCCUGGACCUUCCCUCAGGCUGAAUCUCAAGAUUGGCUCACUUGGCAGUUUGCUUGGGCCAUUCUUUGGUCAGGAAGAGUUUAGGCUGAGAAACCCCUCUUGAAUUC